AUGCCCAUCCUCAACGUCCACGCAGGAGCUCUUCCUUCCUUUUCCCUCCGACUCAAAUCCGACGAUUCCCUCUCCUCCAUCCGCACUCGUUCCGCAAGCAAGAUCCGUCUGCAGUUGGACGAUGGCAUUCCACUCGUUGUCAAGUAUGCAUGGAACGGUCAAACAUUCGCGCUAGAGGAUGGUGAGUUGGCCCAUGCUGUGCUGUGCUGUGUUGUGUUGUGUUGUGCGCUGGAGAUGGAUGGAGGGAUGUAUGCAGCGAGGAGAGCAUCCGCAGCUGACCCCCCCUCCCCCCACUUCUUCUCAUACACGCUUUCCACCGCCAGACGACGACUGGGACAUCUUCACCGAGCGUGUAGCCAACCAAAAAGAGGCGGAUCGUGAGCCAUGAUGCCGGUGCAAGGGGGAACGGCAAAGUGCGCCCUGAGUCUAUGCCCGCAACGCUGACUCUCUGCACGCACUCCGUCACAUUUGCGCGCCCAGUGUAUCUGGAAUCGCCAGAGAUUCCAUCGCGAGAGGAAGAGGAUGGGGCGUCGAUCGCAUCGGGUGCAGGUGCAGGUGCGGCUACCAAAGUGGCCAAUGUGCCCAUCGUCAAUGACAGCACGCUCGUAGCGCGCACUCCUGGCCGAGGUAAGAGCGCAGGAGGAGGAGGAGGAGCAUCAUCCGUCUCCAUCCAUCGCGUCUCUCCUCAUCAAGUCACCAGCGUGGAAGAAUUUACAGAUGCGGGCGGAAUUUCUGCAGGCGGAAGGGACAGCUUGUUGUACCCUGCAGCCAGAGAACCUGCUCCUUUACCAGGCUACUCCAAACCCGUCGUUCCCGAUUUCCCAGCCUUUGAUCCGUCGGCCAACGAUGCAGCUUCCGUGCGCUCGGGUCGGCAAGAGAGGCGAGGUGCAGCUCCUUCGCUAGCGCCGAGCGAAACGCCAUCGCACAAGAUCGCCUUUCAAGAGUUUCACAGCAAGUUGGGCGUCAGAUUGUUAAAGGGAAGUUUGGGACCGGUGCAGGAUGUGCCCAUGAUGCUCAAAUCGGGCUACAGGCACGUCUACGUAUCCAGAUCCUUUGCGCUCAAUCACGGAUUCAUUCCCAAGGACACUACGCCGGGAACCUAUGGUUUCAAUGGCAUCACCAACCUGGGCAAGUGGCCCGUCCAAGUCGGAUCCAAAGCUGUGGCUUGCACCGUCAUGCUCGCCGAGGACUCUUACUUUCCAGUCAUUCUGGGCAGAAGCUUUAUGGAAAAGAGGGGUGUCAGGACGGGUGAGUGGAGAGGCUUCGGAAGAAGGGGUGUCCCAAGCGGCGAUCGAUCGAUGUGGUCGCUUUGUCUGGCCAGACAAAGUGUUGCUUUCUUGGCGCGUUCAAUGUCGUGCGCGACUCAUUCUGCCUUGCUGACCUUUUUUGCCCCUCGCUAUCCUCUUUUCCACUCGCGUGGACGCCGCGGCGCCGCGCCGCGCGCCGCAAAUGCGCAAACAGACCCCAUCGAUAUGACUUCGGUCACUUUUAUGGACAAUGGAGAGCGAGCAGAUGUGGAAGUGGUGGUGGUUCGCGACGAAGCUGGAGAGCCUGUUCCCAUUCCCUGA